AUGUCUCAGCAGAUCAAGAACGUUGUCAUUGCCGGUGCUACUGGCAGCGCCGGCUCUCACGUUCUGCAGGCCCUUGUCGUGUCUGGCAAGUUCAAUGUGACCGCGGCGGUCCGCAAGGCCAACGACAAGCUGCCAUCCACCGUCAACGUCAAGGUCAUCGACUUUGACUCUGUCGAUGCCCUCGUCGAGAUUUUCAAGGGCCAGGACGCCGUCAUCGAUAUGACCAUGAGCCCAGACUCGGCCAUGCCCCUGCGCAUGGUCGAGGCAGCCGUCGCCGCCGGCGUCUCCCGCUUCAUCCCCUCUGAGUUCUCCAUUGACCCCAGGAACUCCAAGGGCCGGUCUGUACCCGUUUACGCGCCCAAGAACGAGGUCCUCGCUAAGCUCGAGGAGCUCGCGGCCGCCGGCAAGCUCACGUGGACGAGCAUCUCCAACGGCGCCUUCCUCGACUGGAACCUGCGCACGGGAUUCUUCAAGAUUCACCUCAAGGCCAAGAAGGCCGAGCUACUCAACGGUGGCGAGGUUGUCACGGCGUGGACGCUGCUUGAACACGUCGGCCAGGCGGCGGUCGGUGUGCUCCUUCACCCUGAGGAGACUAAGAACCGCCCAGUGUACAUCUCUACGAUCCAGAUGAGCCAGAAGAAAAUGGUUGAGCUCGCCCAGCAGGCCCUUGGACGGGACGGUUGGGACAUCAGCUCUCUGGACAUGGAGCCCGUGUACCAGCAGUCGCUAGGUGAGCUCUUCGCAGGCAGGGUCACAUUCGAGGUUAUUGGCAACCUGAUUCUGUACUGCAACUCAAGGGAGGACUACUCCGGACCGUUCGUCAAGACCGACAAUGCUCUCUUUGGAAUUGAGCAGUGGAGUGACGAGCAGGUGAAGCAGCUGAUUGUAUCGAUCGCAUCCGAGUAG